AAGAAAGAGAAGAGAGAUAGAAAGAGAGAAGGGAGAAAUGGUGAGAGGGAGAGUGGAAGUGAAGAGAAUAGAGAACAAGGUCAAUAGACAAGUAACCUUCUCCAAAAGAAGAGGAGGUUUGCUUAAGAAAGCACACGAACUCUCUGUUCUAUGUGAUGUACAGGUUGCUCUUAUUAUCUUCUCCAGCAGUGGCAAGCUCUAUGAGUUCAGCAGUGAUGUAAUGGAGAAAAUCAUUGAACGGUACAAUCGCUGUAAACAUAAUAUUUUGGGCAAUGAUAGGCCUGAAGAGUCUACACAGAUCUGGUCUCAGGAGAUAACAAAGCUCAGAUCCAAAUAUGAAUCUCUUCUUCGCACUCAUAGGCAUUUGCUUGGGGAAGAUCUUGGAGAAAUGAGUGUAAAAGAAUUGCAGAUGCUCGAGAUCCAGCUUGAAGGAGCUCUCUCGGCGACCAGGCAACGCAAGACGCAGAUUACUACGGAACAAAUGGAAGAGCUUCGGAGAAAGGAGAGGCAGCUCGGAGAUAUAAACAAGAAGCUGAAGGUUGAGGCAGAAGGUCAUGAAUUCAAAGGCUUUCAAGACCUUCUGCUAAAUUCAGAUGCCAGGGCCUUGCUGUCCUCUCACACUGUGGAUUGCGACUUCGGACGGUUCUUGCAGAUCGGGUUUCAACAACAAUAUGAACAAGGUGAAGGAUCUUUGGUAUUAAAGAGUAAUGUGGGAUGUGACCAGUGGCGGAUCUAGGAAUUAGUUAAUGGAGUGUCAAAAAAAUUUAUUACAAAAAAUAAGGUGUCAAAUUGGGCUUGAACUUGGAUUAAU